CAAGCCGAGAGAUUAGUGUAAUCCUGUUGCAAUAUGCCCGAAGUCACAUUCAGUCCGUUCGAGCAGCUCUUUGACCGAGGCCUGACCAAGGCCCUGGUGAAUAUCUUUGUCAGAUUAGAUCCGUGCGAUUACGAUGCGUGCGUGCAAGUUUGCCAUUCCUGGCGAGCCUUCAUCGCCAAGCACCUCGUGUGUCAUCCCAAGCGAAAAUGGGAUCUCAUCCAUCGGAAGCUACCCUACGAAUGGCUGCACACACCCCCGGUGUGUUAUCAAUCGGCCAUUGCCAAGACCCUGGCGCCUCCACUUCGCAUUUAUAUGGACAGAAAAGAGAUCUUGCUGACCACCAUCGACUCGAUCUUGGUAUGGAAUCGAAAGAGCAAGGUGUUUCGGGGAGAAUUUGGGCCCCAGAUCCGUGGGGCCAAUCACGUCAUGAUUCGAGGGAUCGGCAUGGACCCCCAAAUCAUUGUGACCAUUCACAGUCACACCUCGUACUUGGUGGUUUGGGAUAGGGUCAACUAUCGAAUGCUCCAAGAGGUCCAAUGCAUAGGUAAUGAAGGCAUCGAAUCCCAGGCUCAAUGGAUUCACGUCGUGGAUAAAGGAGUUUUAGUUUGGCUUUUGGACGGAAGCAUCAUCAUCUUCGCCAUCCAAAAGGACGGUCAUCUCAGACGAAGGGCGUCAAUGAAUGGACAUAUUCAAGGCAAUUGUGACGCAGCGGUGGACGGCAACUAUCUCCUAACGGCCUCGGCGGAUAGCAAAGUCAAUCUGUGGAACUGGUCCCAAGCCAAGUUAUGUUGGUCCAACUCGAGGUCUCAAGCCCGUUACAAGAAAUCCCGACUUUCGGACACCCGAGCAGUUGUGGCUGGCUCGUACGACGAAGAUGGAUACCUUCAGAUCUACGACCGCCUCACCGGCGACCUAAUGCACGAGAUGGUCUUGCUGGAAAGCCGGGGUGUUCAAGACAUCUUUGCCACUCGGGACAAAAUCAUUGCCUUGCUCAGCAUUCGACAUAAAUUGCUGCGAAGCAAAGUGCUGGUCUUGGACGCCAACACUGGCGACCACGUGGCUGAGCAGACUUUCGUGGACGUGAUCGCGAUGAAUAUCGUUUGCCAACGCGUCUUAGUGUGCUUGAACAAUCAGGCGGGCGAUUUUCGGUCCCGAAUCUCCAUCUUCGACACGGAUCUGGCGAGUGGGAUGUUCAACGUGGAACGCGUGGUGUACCAGUACGCCCACAGCUAUUGGAAAUUGCCCAUCAGAAUCGAUGACUCCAGCAUCGUGCACACCUCGGAGGAGAAGUCGGAUUUGUUCAUCCGUGAUUUCGACACGUUUUUCACUCAAUUCGACUCUCGAUCCCUGACCCAAGUGGAGCGACGUCGGAUUAAUGACUCUUCGUUCUGCUUCCGACUCCGGCAGAUUCUCUUCAAAAAGCUGUGUUCAAAAUGUACCAUUAUGUAGCAAGCCAGAGAUCGGCAAGCACACCACCCCGACAGACUCAGUCGCAGACGCAGAAAGAGAGAGACCAACAAAGAUGGAACGAAAUGGAACGAAUGAUUUGUGGCUCUCAUUUUGGAGGAAAACAUCUGGAAUCGAGGCAUUGGCUCGUCGAUCCGUCUUCUCAGAUUGAAUUGAUUCACAAGCCGAGGAUCAAAACAUCUAUCAAGCGGUUGGUCCGCAAUGUCAGAGGGUCUCAGAAUAUAAUAAUAAGUCUUGAUAAAAGAACGAAAAGUUUUCGUUUUGUUUUUUGCUACAGACCCAGAAAUGCCCUCUGUCUCCGAUCUCAACAAAAAAAAAACAGUUGCUUUACUCUCUACAAAAUUUGUAAAUCAAUAGCGAUAGCUCAGAUUGAAGGGAUAAUCUGCAAUUCAGAUGUAAGUAAGUCAGUUCUUGCGGACGAUCACCACAAGUCGAUGUUUAGGGGCGCUAUGUAUUGUAUGUAGAGAGAGAGAGGGAGGGUCCUCCUGUUCCAGAGGCCUUGUUGUUCUGAAAAUAACAAUCCACACGGGCGGCGAAGACUAUGGACUAAGGCAAGUGUUAGAAAAAUGUCUUGUGCUCACGCCCGAAAUUGUCUUCUGUAAAAAAUACUUGCUGUUUUCACCAGAGGGCAUGGACGGCAUGGACUCAUCGAAUGCAUGCGUCCAAGUCAGAUGUGUGAACUUCCGCAGGUAUAUUUUAAUAUCUGAUGAAAACAUGCUGCUUUCAUAAUAUUUUUCAGGCCGUGAAAGUAAAAUGCUUUUGAAUUGCUUAAACGUUUCAAAAAUCUUAAUUGAAAUGCUGAUUAACUGGGUUUUAAUCUCCAUGGCCAAUUGAAAACAUCCUCAAGUUGAAAUUAUCAACAUGUGAUUGACCGUCACAAUUGAGAUAACCCUCAAGGCCUCGGCUGAUAAGGCUCUCUUUGCCCAUCUGUAAUUCAUAUCUCCAAUCCAAUAAAAUGAAGGCCUCUAUGUUUUGAUUGAUUUUACGUACGCUCGUCCAAAAUGGCGAAUGCGGAUUCCGUUUCCAUUUCAAGUUUCCCACCGAAAGAGCUCGUAGUGGAUUGGGAACCUGACGAUCAGAUCGUGUUCAGUGGGGAUUUCCGGAGCUUCAUCAAAUCCGAACUGACCAUCAAGAAUCGUAGCCUUUGCUCGCUUCUUUUCAAGAUCAAGACCACCAGUCCAAACCGCUAUUUGGUGUCCCCCCACAAAGGAAGGAUUGAGCCGAAGAGAUAUAUGGUCAUUACCAUUACACUCCUCCCUUUCCUUUACAAACCCGAAAGGACUUAUGGGGAUAAAUUCUUGAUUCAGAUAUGCAAGGAAUCCUUACGUAACGAGCAAUGCGCCAAGCAUAACUUUUGGUCAAUGAUACCCGAACAUGAGGUGCUCCAAAAGAAGAUCCGCUGCAAUCUUCAAUUCUCGGUCGACUCUCCAACUGACUCGGAGGACGAAAACUUUCCCUUCAUGCCCGAUACUGCCACUGCCACGCCUGCAAUUCUCGUGUCUUUGCCGAAUGGGCGAAUUAUUAAUCCCUUUGACCAAGAACUGGCCUCAAGGCGCAAGGGAAUGAUUAAACCAUCGACACCCAUUCCGGCUCACCAAGAACAACCAGAGAACAUCAACCCCACGAUUCAGUCACAGGAGGUGCUCAUCAACGGAAAUCCACCACUUCAACAAUGCUUGGUUCAGACAAUCCAGGAGUCCAAUGCGCAGGAAUGGAAAGACUUUCUUAUGGUGGGAGUGGUAGUGGCUAUUUUUGCAUUAGGAAUAAUUUUGGGCAAAGGAUCUUAUCUUUUGGAUUUGUAAACUCAUUUUACCUAUCACAGUAAAUGAUAUAAAUUUA